AUGGCUCUCCACCUCUCUCUAUCCAUUCCAUCUGCUUCCUCCCCCAGACCACUUAUCUCAGUCUUUCAUCAUUUAUCUAUCUAUCUAACUUCAUAUCUAUCUAUCUAUCUUCAUAUCUCUAACUUCAUAUCUAUCUCUCUGUCUAUUUAUCUUUCUGACCAUCUAACCCUGUUCAUGUCUGUCUGUUCACAUCUAUCUAACUGUCUAUCCAUCUCAUUUCUUAAUCGUUUAUUGUUCUUGCUGCCAUUCUUUCUUUCUUUUCUUUCUUUCUUUCUUUCUUUCUUUCUUUCUUUAGUUCUUUCUUCCAUUCUUCCUUUCUUUCUUUUUUCUUUCGUUCUUUCUUUCUUUCUUUCAUUCUUUCUUUCUUUCUGUUUUCUUCUUUCUUUCUUUCUUUCUUUCUUUCUUUCUUUCUUUCCCACUAAAACCAAAUUUAUCGAGGUCACCAUCAAUUUUCGAACUUUCUUUCAUUCUUUCAUCUAUCUAUCUAUCUCAAUUUGUACAUAUCAUACCCAGUCUGUUCACAUCUAUCUAUCUAUCUAUCUAUCUAUCUAUCUAUCUAUCUAUCUAUCUAUCUAUCUAUCCCAGUCAUUUCUUAAUUGUCUAUUCUCUCUCAGUCUCUCAUUAUCUAUCUAUCUAUCUAUCUAUCUAUCUAUCUCUGCCUAUCUCAGACUGUUCAUAUGUAUGUAUGUAUGUAUGUAUGUAUCUAUCUAUCUAUCUAUCUAUCUAUCUAUCUCUGUUCAUAUGUUUAGGCCUAUCUCAGACUGUUCAUAUGUAUGUAUGUAUGUAUCUAUCUAUCUAUCUAUCUAUCUAUCUAUCUAUCUAUCUAUCUAUCUAUCUAUCUCUGUUCAUAUGUUUAGGCCUAUCUCAGACUGUUCAUAUGUAUGUAUGUAUGUAUCUAUCUAUCUAUCUAUCUAUCUAUCUCUGUUCAUAUGUGUAGGCCUAUCUCAGACUGUUCAUAUGUAUGUAUGUAUGUAUGUAUCUAUCUAUCUAUCUAUCUAUCUCUGUUCAUAUGUGUAG